AUGCCAGGCACGACAGAGGAAAACGCGAAUGUAGCGAUCGUGGAUCCUACUUCGGCAACUGGAGAGGAGAUUGAUGCAUCGGUCGAUCGCGACAGGAUACGCGUGCUAUCUGGGGCGACUGAGACCGCUGCAUCAUUUCAGAUUGAUGGUGAGGAUCACACGCUUGGCAACGCGCUUCGAUACAUUAUCCACAAGAAUGAAGUGGCCAACACCAUAUAUAGCCCUGAUGUCGAGUUCUGUGGAUACUCGAUUCCCCAUCCAUCUGAGGCCAAGAUGAAUUUGCGUAUCCAGACAUACGAUGGCGUCAGUGUGUAUUCUGUGCUUGAGAAGGGGCUUGAAGAUUUGAUGGCCAUGUGCGACGUUGUCGAGGAGAAGUUCAAAGUCUCAAGGGACGACUUUGUCAACCAGAUGCAGGAGUGA